AUGGAACGUGAGCCAUGUCCUUUUCGUAUUGUAGAAGAUGCGGGCGGUGGUUUUGUCCUGGGCGCUGUCUUUGGUUCAGGCUGGUACACGUUUAAAGGCGCACGUAACUCACCAUCGGGUCAGCGUUUCCGUGGAGCAAUAUAUAAUGCCAAGAUGAGAACACCUGUUUUAGCUGGUGGAUUUGCUGUAUGGGGUUUGCUCUUUUCAUCCUUUGAUUGCUCGUUUGAAGCUUUACGACGAAAAGAAGACCCGUGGAACUCCAUUUUGGCUGGCGCAGCUACAGGUGGCGCCCUUGCAGCUCGUGCAGGUCCACGCGCUGCUGCAGGACAGGCACUUAUUGGUGGUGUAUUGCUGGCUGCUAUUGAGGGAGUGAGCAUCAUGGUGAACGAGUGGUUUGCGCCACAGCCUGACCAGGGAAUGGCUGGUAAUAUGAUGGGCAAUACGGAUAUGGACGAGCAGAAGCUUGCACCACCGUCAUUCUAA